GAUUGCACAAAUCAUAAUAGUAUGUGGUAAUGAGACGAGACUAGUAAGCUAAAAAAACCCUUGGGUAUUAGCAGAACCCCCACACACUCUCCACAUGAGUCUUCCUCUUCGUUCAAGACUUCUCGGCGACGUGAAUUCGUCCCCUAAUAACCAAUCCAACUCGCCGGGUCCCCAAACCGUCGAUUCCGACUUCGUCGUCAUUCUCGCCGCCCUACUCUGCGCACUAAUCUGCGUUCUCGGCCUCGUCGCCGUUGCUCGCUGCGCCUGGAUCCGCCGUAUCUCCGCCAGAUCCGCCGCUCCUCAUCUGCCUCCCAACAAAGGCCUCAAGAAGAAAGUCCUCAAUUCGCUUCCCAAACUCACUUACACGUCCGACGAUGCCGCUAAAUUCUCCGAUUGCGCUAUUUGCUUGACGGAAUUCGUCGCCGGAGACGAAAUCCGAGUGUUGCCUCAGUGCGGCCAUGGAUUCCAUGUCCAAUGCAUAGACAUGUGGCUCGGAUCUCAUUCGUCGUGCCCGUCGUGUCGUCAGAUUCUGGUGGCCGGAAUGUGUCAGAAGUGCGGCGGAUUGGCGCAGUGUUCCGCCGCCGGAGCUGAGACCGGGGUCAGGCGAGAGCAACGUAGAAUUGACGGUGUGAACAUGUUCUUGCCAUAGCUUUAAAGGUUAUUUUUCACUUUUAUAUUAUAGAACUUGUUCUGAAAUCAUCAUCAUCAUCAUCAUCAUCAUCAUCAUCAUCAGGAGUCUAAGUGUAUAUGAUGUAAAUUAUAGUAUAAAAUAUGUUUGUAGUAGCAUGAUGUUCUGACUAAGCUGUGUUCGUAUGAACUAAGAAAGGCUGUAAAAAUUGUGUAGAAAUGAAGGUGAUUGAAGUUUAUCAUUCUUGGCCUUGCUAUACCUCUGUGCUUCAAACUCACUCUGCUAUGGCCUUUUGGCUGUUACACUUU